AAUCAGCUUGAUGAUGGUUCAUGGGGUCUCGUUAAUCACAGUCGUACUCAUCCGUUACUUAAAGAUUCCCUCUCUUCAACAUUAGCAUGUAUUGUUGCAUUAAAACAAUGGAAUGUUGGGGAAGACCAAAUUAAUAAAGGUCUACGUUUUAUCGAGUGAUCGAAUCUUGCUUCGGCUACUGCAAAAGUCAACCAUCUCCCUUUGGUUUUGACAUCAUAUUUCCUGUCAACACACUUGCUUAUGUUGGCGGUGGACAUGCCAUGAGCAAGGGGGGUUGCUGAAGGGGUUUGCCUAACCCAUCCCGCACACCCUUAUAUCUUCUUCAACGCAUCUCUUGCUUCUGUUGUUCUACGCAAUUCUCAGUUGACACCGAAAAAGGUAAACCGGCGUCUGCUACCGGAGAAACUGAUCAAUGAACAUUACAAUUACACAAAGCAUGAAUGGCCCUUUGUCAACCAAACCUUAUCGAUCAUGGGCUCUGUCAGCUAUUCAUACAGCACCUUCUCAUGUUGGACAAGCUAAUCCCACCAAUCUGGCCAUUGAUACAACCAAAGAAAGAAUCCGUAAACUGUUCAACAAUGUGGACCUUUCGGUUUCUUCAUACGACACAGCCUGGGUAGCCAUGGUCCCUUCUCCAAGCUCACCCAAAUCCCCUUGUUUCCCAGAGUGUCUUAACUGGUUAGUUGAUAACCAGCUCGAUGAUGGUUCAUGGGGUCUCGUUAAUCACAUUCGUACUCAUCCGUUACUUAAAGAUUCCCUCUCUUCAACGUUAGCAUGUAUUGUUGCAUUAAAACGAUGGAAUGUUGGGGAAGACCAAAUUAAUAAAGGUCUACGUUUUAUCGAGUCGAAUCUUGCUUCAGCUACGGACAAAAGUCAACCAUCUCCCUUUGGUUUUGACAUCAUAUUUCCUGGUAUGCUGGAGUAUGCGCAACAGUUGAACAUAAACCUACGUUCAAAACAGACAGAUUUUACUUUAAUGCUACAUGAGAGAGAUUUGGAGCUAAAAAGAUGUCAUUCGAAUGAGAUGGAAGCAUACCUGGCGUAUAUUUCAGAAGGACUCGGUAACUUAUAUGAUUGGCAUAUGGUGAAGAAAUAUCAGCUGAAAAAUGGUUCGGUUUUCAACUCACCGUCAGCAACAGCAGCUGCUUUUAUUAAUCAUCAAGAUACUGGUUGUCUUAAUUAUCUAAAUUCACUUUUGGACAAGUUUGGUAAUGCAGUCCCGACAGUUUAUCCUCUUGAUUUAUAUAUCCGGCUUUCCAUGGUUGAUACGCUUGAAAGAUUAGGAAUCGCACGCCAUUUCAGCGUGGAAGUUAAAAAUGUUUUAGACGAAACAUACAGAUGUUGGGUGGAGCGAGAUGAGCAAAUAUUUAUGGAUGUUGUAACUUGUGCUUUAGCCUUUCGGUUAUUAAGGAUCAACGGGUAUGAAGUAUCCUCAGAUCCAUUGGCUGAAAUUACUAACGAAGGAGCUUUCAAAGACGAAUAUGCAGCUCUUGAAGUGUAUAAUGCAUCACAGGUUUUAUACCCAGAGGAUUUAUCUUUCGGAGAACAAAUCUUGAGGUCGGGUGAUAUUCUUAGAAGGAUAAUAUCCACUGAUUCAAACCGGCUCUCUAAAUUUAUUCAUAAAGAGGUGGAGAAUGCUCUUAAGUUCCCAUUCAAUACCGGUUUAGAACGCAUAAACACUAGACGAAAUAUAGAUCGCUACAAUGUUGAUGAUACAAGAAUUUUGAAAACUACAUAUCGAUCAUCGAAUAUUAGCAACAAGGAUUACUUAAGGUUCGCAGUUGAAGAUUAUAACUCUUGCCAAUCUAUUUACCGUGAAGAAUUAAAAGGUCUUGAAAGGUGGGUGGUAGAUAACAAAUUGGACCAGCUCAAGUUUGCUAGGCAAAAGACAGCCUACUGUUACUUCUCUGUUGCCGCAACACUUUCAUCUCCUGAAUUAUCGGACGCGCGUAUUUCAUGGGCCAAAAACGGUAUCCUUACUACAGUAGUUGAUGACUUUUUUGACGUUGGUGGUACUAUCGACGAAUUGGCCAAUCUGAUUCAGUGUGUUGAAAAAUGGAAUGUAGACGUUGACAAUGAUUGCUGUUCGGAGCAAGUUCGAAUUGUAUUUUUAGCAUUAAAAGAUGCAAUCUGUUGGAUUGGAGACACAGCUUUCAAAUGGCAAGAACGAGAUGUAACAAGCCAUGUUAUUCAAACUUGGUUGGAUCUCAUGAAUAGUAUGUUGAGGGAAGCUAUAUGGACAAGAGACGCGUAUGUACCAACAAUAAAUGAAUAUAUGGAAAAUGCUUACGUGUCGUUUGCAUUAGGACCUAUUGUACUGCCCGCUAUUUACUUUGUGGGGCCCAAGUUGUCGGAGGAGAUUGUCGAAAGCUCCGAGUAUCAUUAUCUAUACGAGCUAAUGAGCACUUUGGGCCGGCUUCUGAAUGAUAUACAUAGCUUCAAGAGAGAAUAUAAGGAAGGAAAACUAAAUGCUGUAGCGUUGCAACUGAGUAAUGAGGAAAGUGGGAAUGUGGAAGAAGAGGUGGUAAAGGAGAUGAUGACGAUGAUAAAGAACAAGAGGAGAGAGAUGAUGAAGUUAGUUACGGAAGAAAAGGGAAGCAUUGUUCCUAGAGCUUGUAAGGACGCGUUUUGGAACAUGUGUAACGUGUUGAAUCUUUUUUAUGCGAAGGAUGAUGGGUUUACUGGAGACACAAUUCUUGGUAUUGUGAAGGACGUCAUUUACGAGCCGUUGAGUUGAUUGGAAGUGAAGAACAAAUCUAAAUCAUGUUUGAAAAUCAUGCUUUUGAUGGGGGUGUUCUACUAGUGUUGUAUGUCAAGGCAGUAUUUAAAUAAAUACAAAGCAUGAGUAAUGUUUUUGCUUUUUAUUG